ACACCCUUUUCUUUUGUUUAUAGAAAGAGAGAGAAAUAUAACAGUGAGACACAGCAGAGAGAGAGAGAGAGAGAGAGUUUCAGACAAUCUCUUAAUCUUCGUCAUUGUACCUUUCCAAAUUUGCCUUUGCCUUUUCUUUGUUCCCAGCUUCUUCUUUUACAAAGGAGGAUGCUUCUGUGAUUGGGUUCACUGAGAGGAGUGUGCUGAAGAUUAAGGUUGAGGUGGAGAUCAAUGGGUUGGAAGAGAUCUGCUUUGGAGUGCGGGAGAGUAGAGAUCUAUGGACAAGUUCUAUUGGGAUUUUUGUUGAUCUGCACAAUUCAGAUUUCAAGUGCAGUCACUGAUCCCACUGAUGUUGCUGCAAUUAAUAACUUGUAUAUCUCAUUGGGAUCCCCUGUUCUCCCUGGGUGGGUUGCUAGUGGAGGGGAUCCAUGUGGACAAGGGUGGCAAGGCAUUCAGUGUAAUGGAUCAUUCAUACAAAAAAUAGUUCUAAAUGCUGCAAAUUUGGGAGGAGAACUGGGUGAUACACUGUCAACUUUUGUUUCAAUCUCUGUAAUUGAUCUAAGCAACAACAACAUUGGAGGAAAUAUUCCAUCCAAUUUGCCAGUGACCUUGAAAAACUUUUUUCUUUCAGCCAACCAGUUCACUGGAAGCAUUCCGAUCUCUUUAUCCACUUUGACUGGACUGACAGACAUGUCUCUUAACAACAAUCUUUUAAGUGGAGAAUUACCAGAUGCUUUUCAGUCACUUACACAAUUGAUCAAUCUAGAUUUAUCUCAUAAUAAUUUGAGCGGGGAAUUGCCUCCUUCUAUGGAUAGCUUGUCGUCUCUGACCACCCUACGCUUACAGAACAAUCAGUUGUCUGGGACACUUGAUGUGUUACAAGACCUUCCUCUGAAAGAUUUGAAUGUUGAGAACAAUCAGUUUGCUGGCCCAAUACCUCCAAAGUUACUAAGCAUCCCUAACUUCAGACAAGCUGGAAACCCAUUUAAUGUUAAUGGUACUACAACUCCUGCUUCUUCACCUCGCUCCCCAGCAAUAGUACCACCAGGAUCUCCGGCUUCUGGGGCACCGACAGGAACUCCGGCUUCUGGGACACCAUCUUCUGGCGGCCGUGUACCUACUAAACAAGCUGAUGGACCAACUGCAGCAAAUGAAUCACAUACCGGGAAAUCCAAAAAAACCACAAAAAGGGUGGUUUGGAUAUCUAUUGGUAGUGUAUUGGGAUUCAUUAUUUUGUUACUAGGAUUCAUUCUCUUUAUUCCAAGAUGUAGCAGAAGAGAACGGGAUGACAGAAGGUCCAAGCGACAUCAAAUUGGUACAUAUGGUGGUGAAAGACAAAGUGCUAGGGAUUACGGGACUGCAGUCCAACCGCCUAGUCAAAUGGAAAAAGCACCAGUAGCGGGUGUUUCAAGGCCAAAAGAGAAUCAUCAAGCAGAGACCAGGAGAGUUGGGGUUAAUCCAAAUCCACAGGGUGAUCAAAAGAAGGAUGUGCAGAGAAUGGAGGCAAUACCAAAGCCAAGAGAUCAUGAGAUAGAUAUGAGUGCACUAGAAGUAUAUUCAGUGCCUCCUCCUCCACCCCCACCUCCACCUCCACCUCCACCUCCACCUCCACCUCCACCUCCGCCUCCCCCACCUCCACCACCUCCUACUACUGAGAGGGUGAUUGUGGGGCCAGCCACAUCCCGCAGAGAGACUAAUGCCAAUCCAUCCAUAAGAAGUUCAGUUCCUCCUCCCACUUUUGCAAAAUUUUUCACCAUUGCAUCCCUUCAACAGUUUACAAAUAGUUUUUCUCAAGAAAAUCUUAUAGGAGGAGGCAUGCUGGGUAGUGUGUAUAGAGCAGAGCUUCCUAACGGCAAGUUUCUAGCUGUGAAGAAACUGGACAAGAGAGCCUCUGAUCAUCAGAAGGAUGAUGAUUUUCUUGAAUUGGUAAAUAGUAUUGACAGAAUACGCCAUGCAAAUGUUGUUGAGCUUGUUGGAUACUGUUCAGAGCACGGUCAAAGGCUUCUGAUCUAUGAGUACUGCAGUAAUGGGUCACUGUAUGAUGCACUCCACUCAGAUGAUGACUUCAAAACAAGACUCUCAUGGAAUGCUCGUAUUCGGAUAGCACUUGGAGCAGCUAGAGCUUUAGAAUAUCUGCACGAGCUAUGUCAGCCACCUGUAGUACAUAGAAAUUUGAAGUCUGCCAAUGUUCUCCUUGAUGAUGAUCUAUCUGUGCGAGUCUCUGAUUGCGGUUUAGCUCCAUUAAUAGCUUCGGGAUCUGUCAGUCAGCUCUCGGGGAACCUUCUCACUGCUUAUGGCUAUGGAGCUCCUGAAUUUGAGUCUGGAAUUUACACGUAUCAAAGUGAUGUGUACAGCUUUGGAGUGAUCAUGUUAGAACUUAUGACUGGUCGUCAGUCCCAUGAUAGGACGCGUCCACGAGGGGAGCAAUUUCUGGUCAGAUGGGCAGUUCCCCAACUUCAUGAUAUUGAUGCAUUAUCAAGAAUGGUUGAUCCUUCUUUAAAUGGAGAUUACCCGGCAAAAUCAUUGUCAAAUUUUGCAGACAUUAUUUCUAGAUGCCUUCAGUCCGAGCCAGAAUUUAGGCCAGCAAUGUCCGAGGUCGUCCUAUACUUGCUAAAUAUGAUAAGGAGGGACUCUUAGCAAAGUGAAUCAAAUGAAAAAUGAGAAUGGUAGAGAUAAUUUUUUGUGAAUUAAAUCAUAAUAUGCGGAGAUUCACUUGCUGAAUAUCGACUAGUAGAGACAUCAUGUCAUCUGAGGGGAGCCCAAUUUGUUGUCUCCACAUGCUUCAUUAUUUCCUACUAACCGAUUCAACAUUCUCAUGCCAAGUUCUUCCAAGAAUUUUUGUCCAAUCAAUGUAAGAAGAGAUUGAAUUGUAGUGACCAAAACUCGAAUUUGUAGUCGUAUCAUAUCUGAUAAUUUCGUAGUUGAUUAAACCAUGCCAUGUCAGUAUCGUAGAGGCGUGUUAACUAACCCAUUUAUUUAAUAAUUGUUUCCUAAUUCUUGAUAAUGAUGUAAUUCCUUUGUGGGCAUUCUUGUGAUUUUUAGGUUCAUCCUUCAUGAUAUAAGUUUGUUGAUCAUUUGUACUAAAUCACAGACAAACAUUGUAAUUUGAUAUUGAUUGUUCUUUGUACACUACAAAAAAGAUAUCUCUUGUUUCCUUGAUUA